CAGGCGGCGGCGGCGGGACCGGCGGGCGGGCGGAAGUGUUUGCGUGACCCGUGCCCUCCCGGCGUGCCCCGGGCGUCCGGUGACCCCCUUCUCCCCUCCCCUCCCCUCCCCUCCCCCGGGCGGCGGUGUGAGCGCGUCAUGGCCGCCUCGAAGCCCGUGGAGCCGACGGGCGGCGGCGGCGGCCCGGGGCUGUCCCGCUGGCAGCUGGCGUUGGUGCUGGGAGCGCCGAUAUUGCUGGGCGCUGGCGCGUUCUACCUGUGGGGGCGGCGGGCGGCCCGGCGCGGCGGCAAGGGUGCAGGCGAGAGGAGGACCCCCGAGGGGCGGGUGAGCCCCGGGCCCUGCGGCAGCGGGCAGCCCGAUGGGCCCGGCCGCGAGGAGACGAGCCCUCUUGACAGAGCCCAGGCAGCCAAGAACAAAGGAAACAAAUAUUUUAAAGCAGGAAAAUAUGAGCAAGCUAUUCAGUGUUAUACUGAGGCAAUCAGCCUCUGCCCUCCUGAGAAGAACCUUGAUCUUUCUACCUUCUAUCAAAAUAGAGCUGCUGCCUAUGAACAACUGCAAAAAUGGACAGAAGUGGCACAAGACUGCACAAAGGCUGUUGAGCUUAAUCCUAAGUACGUAAAAGCUCUUUUCAGACGCGCAAAGGCUCAUGAGAAACUAGACAAUAAGAAGGAAUGUUUAGAAGAUGUCACUGCAGUUUGCAUUUUAGAAGCCUUCCAAAACCAGCAAAGUAUGUUAUUAGCUGAUAAAGUUCUUAAACUCCUUGGAAAAGAAAAGGCCAAAGAGAAAUACAAGAAUCGUGAGCCUCUGAUGCCCUCACCACAGUUCAUUAAAUCCUACUUCAGUUCUUUCACAGAUGAUAUAAUCUCCCAACCUUUGCUUAAGGGUGAGAAAUCAGAUGAAGAUAAAGAUAAGGAGGGAGAGGCUUCUGAAGUAAAAGAAAACUCUGGCUAUUUGAGAGCAAAACAAUAUAUGGAAGAAGAGAACUAUGACAAAAUUAUCAGUGAAAGCACAAAAGAAAUUGAAGCGGAGGGAAAAUACAUGGCAGAAGCUUUGCUUCUGAGAGCUACCUUCUACUUACUUAUUGGCAAUGCAAAUGCUGCCAAACCAGACCUAGAUCAGGUCAUCAGCAUGGAAGAUGCAAACGUGAAGCUCCGAGCUAAUGCUCUGAUUAAACGAGGAAGUAUGUUUAUGCAGCAGCAGCAACCUGUGCUGUCCACUCAGGACUUUAACAUGGCUGCUGAUAUUGACCCUCAGAACGCAGAUGUUUACCACCACCGAGGACAACUGAAGAUCCUGCUUGACCAAAUUGAAGAGGCUGUAGAAGACUUUGAUGAAUGUAUCCGAUUGAGACCCGAUUCUGCCUUGGCUCAAGCACAGAAAUGUUUUGCCCUGUAUCGCCAGGCUUAUACAGGAAAUAAUCCUUUGCCUGUGCAAGUAGCCAUGAAAGGCUUUGAAGAUGUCAUAAAAACAUUUCCAAAGUGUGCUGAAGGCUAUGCACUCUAUGCUCAGGCACUAACUGAUCAACAGCAGUUUGGCAAGGCUGAUGAAAUGUAUGAUAAAUGCAUUGACCUUGAGCCAGACAAUGCCACCACGUACGUUCAUAAAGGUUUACUUCAGCUCCAGUGGAAGCAAGAUUUAGACAAAGGAUUAGAACUCAUAAGCAAGGCCAUUGAAAUUGAUAACAAAUGUGAUUUUGCAUAUGAAACCAUGGGAACGAUUGAAGUGCAAAGAGGUAAUCUGGAUAAAGCCAUUGAAAUGUUCAACAAAGCUAUCAACCUGGCCAAAUCUGAAAUGGAGAUGGCCCACCUCUACUCACUCUGUGAUGCUGCCUAUGCCCAGACAGAAGUUGCAAAGAAGUACGGAUUGAAACCACCAACACUGUAACAAAAUGAAGAGGAAAUGACCCUCCAAAGUGAAGUUGCCCACUUCAGCCAGCCCUAAAGACACUGUUGCAGACCAUGUUUGAAUGGUGGAACUUAGUUUUUUUCCUGUUCGUGGUGUUGUCAUUUGCUACAUCUGUUAAAUGUUUAGGUGUUGUUGGAGUGGUUGUUCAAGGAAGUGUGCAGUGUUGCAUCUUGUUCCUUCUGCAGCAAAAGCCUUUAAGUGCACUAAGGGAAAUAAAGUUGCAGAGGAACAAAAGGAAGAUACUUUGGCCAUGCAAAUAAAAACUUUACACUGGUUCCUUUUGGGUGAUUAUGUUGUGGGCGAGUUUUGCUUUAUAAAACUAUUACAGCAUGUGGGUUUUUUCCUGUUGAUUUUAAAGGUGAUACUAGGUCAGUGCUGUAAAAUAGGUUUCUUUUUUAUAUGAAAUUAAUCCUUGAGGGUUGAUUUUAAUUUUGCAAAAAGGAAAAACAAUAAUUUUCAAACUGUUUAGGGAUAGAAGGGGCUUUUUUAAGUAAGUGUGGAGAGAAAUCCUGUAAAUAGAUGCAAGCAUGCACGAUCUUCCCUUAAAAGCCACUCCCAUCUUCUGCAUAACUUAUUUAGAAACAGUCCCGUGGCAGCUAUUAGGGAAUUAAUUUGGUAAUCCCUAUCCUCACCCCAGAAAGCCCUAGCGUACUGUAUAGGAGAGCUAGUGAAAAAGGUUGGUUGGGGAAAGAGGUCAGGUAACACCGCUUCAGGGUAGAUUUUACUGGAACAUAGGCCAUGCUCCUGUGCAGCAGUCCUUGCUGGAAUGUCACAGGAAAUCGCUCUGGAGGGUUCAGAGGGACUUUGAAGAACAGAAGGCACUGCUGGGAGUAGAGCUGCCAAGGUAAGGUCAUGCUUGCAUAUAAUCUUUGUAAUCUCUGAUGCUCUUGCUUAAAUAAUAGCUAAUAGACUGUUGACAUUCUUAUCACUCUGCAGACUGCUGUGUUCUGACCUGCUCCUUGUAAUGGCCUCUCUGCAGGGUUAAGUGAAAUAAGGAACAGAGCAUAGGCUAGGACUUAAAAUGAGGGAUUUAGAACCUGUACUGCUUUCCUUGUUCUUUAGACCCUGUCUUGUCCAAGAUUACACAUCCCGUAGGAAUGAAGCAGCUGUUCUGCAGAUAGCAGAUCAGCAAAUUAUUAAAUGCUAGCAUAAAGCCUUUUCCUCUAGCUAGGAACUUCCCAGAGAGCUUUCUUGCUUGGUGUUGAUCUUUCUGCUAUGGCAGCCAGUCCACCUUCCCACUCCCUGGAUUGAUGUAGCUCGAUAACCCUCAUGCAAAUACUUAACUGAUGCAACUUUCCAUCCUGAGAUCUUAGAUUUGCUUCUGCUGAAUUGUCUGAUGUAUUUCAUCUUUUAAAGAAAUGAACCAUGCUACAAUCAAACUGUCUUGUUCUCUUGUCGUGCCACCACAUAGCAGCAGCUUGUAUUUUCAACUUGACCUUCCUCUCUCCCAGCAACCACAGUGAAGUCAAGUGGUGGAAACUAAAGAUUUAACUGUUCUAUCUGGGUAGGUGAUCUGAAAUCAUAGUGUUGGUGUAGAAUUGAGGGCGGGGGAAGGUACUGGCAACUUCCAAGGGCACUGCACAUAAUGUGUGUCAAACACCUUCUGGAACUUCCAAUCUCUGCAUCAGUUACCUGAGAACUACAGACUGAGGAGUCCUGUUCUCCCAAGGAGUUUUUAUUUGCAUGGCCUUAUUUACAUUGGCAUUUUCUCCUCUUCACCCUACCUGUACCUCAUUCCUUACCCCACCCAGUGAAUUAAGGGAAAAAAAAGCAUGUGCUCUCGAAUACUACCAUUCCAAAUCAUCACAGACUUUUGCCUGUUCUUGAACUAGUUUGAAACUGCACUGAAAGGAUGCAUUGUCUGUAAGGUUUUUUUUUUUUGUAAAUGACGUUAUCACCUGUAAACUGAAAAAAUAAAUAUUACCUUCAAGUAUCUCUCUCUGACAUGUAUAAGAGAAGGUUUCGAUGAAAGUGUUCUCUGCAGUGGUGCUUUGUGCUUAUUUGAGGUUGCUCAGAAUCAAGGAGGAACUAGUAAUGACUGACUCCCUCUCAUCUUCUCUGACUUCAAGAGGAGAAUUAACAAGGCUUAUCUCCACUGCUUUCAUCACCCACAGAGGUAUGAUCUGGAGAGCUGAAGAUUACACAAGAAAAGAAAUCCAGCCAAGCAAGCUGAGAAUCCGAGUAGCUGACACUCUCUCUAUGUAGGUCCCUUUAGUGAAAGGGACUUUUUGUGUGGUUUUGUUUUUGAGGUUUUUUUCGUGGCUGAUACAGUUGAGGUUUUGCUUUAAGCCAGGUGUGCACAUGAACUUUGAGUAAAGCUUUCUUUAGUAGGGGUCAGAACAAGUAUUGCUGCUGGUUAAAAAAAGGUUGAAAUCACGUAGAAAGCUGGUAUUAAAUAUAUGUGGAUAAACCCAGUGUAUCCUAGAGUCGGGGAAGUUGCUUUUACAUAGAGCUGUCCUGCUGCUUCAUUCUGAUCAUGUAAAAUCCUCGUUGAUCCUGUUGGAGAGAAGUUUGCCAAAAUGGAGACUAGAAGUUGUGACUUGAAUUGCUGGGAUCUAACAGCAGAUUGAACUUAAAUAUACUAAGGAGCUGUACUUUGAAACUAUUAAGAGCAGCUCAGAUGCAGCUUGAACCGGACUUCCCAGCUGCACAGGUAGUAAUACUGCCUGAUACACCAGGCAGUACUGUGUUUCCUGCCAUUUUAAGAACUUCGGCUGAAAUUCUGGAGCUAUUUUACAGUUGUUACCAGCUGGUUUUCUGUGCUUACAAAAUAUCAGUGCAUAUGUAUAAUAUGGAUACUUAAAGUGCCUGUUUUCUACCACCACAGCAACUGAGUAUUGACUGCUGUUAAGUAUUAUUUAGCUGAGAACUGAUUGGGUACUUUUGUCAUUGAAAGCCCCCAAAAUUCCUAGUCCCGCUUGUACUGCUUCUGAGUGGAUCACACUGGAGCCCCUUAAAAUAUGUCACAAGAACAUGGUGCUCAGAAAUGGUCCUGAGUGAGGAAGACAGAGCCUGUGUCACCGCUUCAGCUGAGGUGACGCAAGUAGCUCGCUACAGACUUUGAUCCCUCUGUUAUCUGGGAUUCCAGGGGAGGAGGGUCUAGACCCACUCAAUUCUAGUGUCUGUUGCAGACUGCACUUUGCAUUUUUAAAAUGAAGUGGUCAGCCCCUGCACUAUUUUGAUCCUCCAAAGGUAGUAUUUAGUGCCUGCUCUGCUACGUUUUAUAGAGUGAGGACAGAAACAUGGAUGGUUUAGAAAAAAGGAUGUGUAACAGUUUUGAUUUCAAAGUUGAAGCCCAGUGCUGGCCAUCAUAGAUGCCAGUUGUCAAGUAUGUGGGAGGCAACUAAUCUAAUGCAGGAGACUUGACUCAAAUGGUAAUUUGUUACAUUUUUUAUAUUUAUUUUUCAACAAAUAAAUCUUCAUUUCACCUUA